AACAAUUGAACAGUACCUCAAAAUGUAUGAAUUUAUAACAGGUAUAAAUUAAAUUUCUAUUGAAAUUUCUUGGACCACUCGCUAUGUUGGAUGAAGAAGUUAUGAUUCAACUUCAACACACUGGAUCUCAUUGGUAACCCUUAAGACCAUACAAAUAAACUGCCAAGACCUGAACAUACAGCUCUGUUGUGGCACAGAUACCACCAUGCCCCUUACCACAGGUGAACGGGAAGUCAUCGAAAUUCCAGAUUCUCCCACAGCUCAUCCUCAAUUCAUCGAUAUCUCAGAUGACGAAGUCGAAGUCAUAGAGUUGUUGGAUUACCAGGCGAAGCAAAUAAAGCCUCCACGUAUUCCUCCAAUACAGCCAGCUUAUGUACCAAAAGCAGAUGGCAACCCGGAGUCUAUGAAGUCGGAGUUAGCAGAUCUUUAUACUCCUCAUGAUGCUCCGAUGGUAUCUCUAGGGAUGGCUAUGCAUAUUCAAAGCUUCUCGUCAGAUCAGGGACAUCCUGCAGGCGAAGAGUCCUGCUAUGAUGUACUAGAUAGAGGAUUGGGAGAGAUUUCCCGAGAAAUGGAGAAGGACCAGUCAUCCAUGACAAGACACACUCUCGAAGUUCAAUCCCAAUUCCAGGCUCAGCCUAAAUUCACUGCCACAGAAAAUCAUAUGGCCUCCAUGCAGAGCAUGGAAGCUCACCAGCAAGGCGGGACUUGUACUUCACCCAUUGCUAUUAUUCACCAUGUCGCCAAAAAAACACGCCCGCAAACGUUCUUGCAGGGGAAGAGUAUACAAACUCCAGAAAGGGCAGUGCCGACAUACAAUUACUACGUCGAAAUAGAUCGGAGUCGACUGGCGAACAACACACGACUGCCGCCUGAGCCAUUUGUUAUAAAUAAGAAUUCCAAUUCAAAAAAAGAAGUGGAAGCUGCUCUUCGGAAGUCCAUGAUAUCGUGUGCCAAACUUGCUAAGCGUAGCCGAGGAAGAGAAAAGCUCUCGAGUAUUGGGGUAUAUUUACCACAAAUAAGGUCGGCCUACCAGGAAUGCAGGAAUUAUCUUGAAAAAGAGGGCCUGUAUGAAACCUUCGGCCAGAAAGACGCGAAUCAUCCAAGUUAUCAUGUUGAAAAGGCAUUUGGAAUACCAUUGGGGUCGUUUUUUGACCUUGAAACUCACGCAACCAAACCACAGAAAAGCCCGACAGUUUCUCUAGAUCCAUUGGCAAAGACGUUGGAAAGAUACUCUCGAGAAAGCUGCCUAAUUUGUUCUGCCCAUCAGUGCCACAUCCAUGGGAGAUUUGAUGAAAACGACAGUGACGUGAAUGAGAGCGACUCAAGUGACACAACGGAUGAAGAAAACCCGAGCAACCGGUCUAGCGCUAUGUACCAGCCUUACAGCAUGCCACACACACGAACGCGGACUUAUCAUAGAGAAGGGAACUCUAUCGAAAACGAAAGCGAAGGUGACAGCGAUGGUAGCGAACAAAGACGACUAUACCAUUGCUCUGCGGCAUGCCACCUGAACCCAUCCAAUGAAGAGCUGGGUAACGAAGGAAAUUGGACAGAAGAUGACCACGCAUCUAUGCAGGAACUGGCUGCUUCUAUGCGAAAACGCAAAAACAUGAGGGCAUCUUGCUUAAUCGCACCCAUGUUAGGCAAACAAUGCUCAGAAGUUCAUCGCCAUCUUAAGAAGCUGAGUAACCGGCGCAUUGAACUUGACGAUAUGGUACCUGGCGAAGGCAGAAGAUCUAAGAAAUUUGAUUGGCGUGAUUUGAAGGUAGAGUAUAUGCAUGAGAAACGUUCUCAGCCUAGGCCUUGUCAUCACCCAGGGCAAAAUUGCUUCGUUGCUGGGGAGAAAUGCACCUGCGUAAGCAACGGGAUUUGUUGUGAUAAAUUCUGCACAUGCCCACAAAGCUGUGACGCUCGAUACCAUGGAUGCACCUGUACUGGACCAUGCCCCCCCAAGAAAUGCACAUGUCGCCUCCUUAACCGAGAAUGCGACCCAGAUCUCUGCCACAAAUGCAGCGUCGCCGAAUCAGUUAGGACUCAAGGUCCAAUCUCGAAUACCAAGUGCCACAACUGCGAAAUCCAACGCGGCGAGGGGAAGAAGGUACUGGUGGGAGAGAGCUCCAUCGAGGGCAUUGGGAAUGGGUUAUAUCUUGCAGAGCCUGUUCAAACUGGCGAUUUCAUCGCCGAGUAUGUCGGAGAGAUUAUUGACAACGCCGAGGUUGAACGGCGAGAUGACUUUCAGAAAAGGAUAGGAAACUCGUACAUCUUUAAUUUAAAUGCGGAAGUGGCCAUAGACUCUAUGUGGUUUGGCAAUGCUACUCGUUUCAUCAACCACUCUGAAGUGGGCAAAAACUGCCAGGCUAAAGUCCUGCUCGUCAAUUCUGAGCACCGCAUAGGGUUUUAUGCAACCGAAAGCCUGGAUGCAGGAGAGGAGUUGUUUUUUGAUUACGGGAAAGAGUUUAAGCGCAUUGAGAAGCUGAAGGACGGUGUUGGGUCUUCCAAUGCUGAGAGGAAGUCGGCAAAACAACAGGGAACGGAGCCUCAGGUGAGCCCUAUCAAAAAUACUAAGGGUGGGACGGGGGAUGGAGCGGAUGAGGAUGACGAGCGAGAUGAUAUAUUCGAGGAUUUCCCAGACUGGCUUGCAACAGCGACCAAAGGGAACCGCGCGAGGGACGAUGACGAAGAUUAUAUCGAACCAGGCUCCCAACAAGGGCCCAAGCGAGCACGACCAGCCUUGAGAAAUACGCGUGGGCGCCGAUAGGACGUGUUGGAUAGCUCUGCCGAAGACGACUGCCAUUUUUGGUCGCAGAGAUAACGCCACCAACAGCUAGUCCUCGAGACUGGUCAGUCCUCCAGAUCGGUGAAAGGUUGAACGAGAAGAGGUGAUUUUUGAAGGAUUCAGCCUCAAAGCCACGUCAACUGCAGGUUACCACGUACCACAGGAACAAUCACGGGAGAGCAUCAUUCGGGAGAGAAGAGAGACGUGGAGUUUGUGGUUCGUGGUUCGGAGCGGAACGCAAGUGGCGAUAGGGCUGGAGAGUUGUCUAUAUUUAGAUUGGAUACCCCGCCAAGGCUCACAGACGGGGGCAGUGAAGGAAGACUACUAUAGUAGCACCACACAGCGCUCAAAUCUAGCCUAUUCUGUAAAUAUCAACCAUACUUUCUUCUGCUCUGAUAUGCGCAGGAUAGUAGUGUUUGUGAGCGCAAUUGAGAUAUCCCAGCCCCGUCUUACCGUAGAGUAUGCCCCCUUCUAGAGUGUAGAAUGAGGUGUUUGAGGGUGAUUAUCGUGGUGGCUGGUAUGUAGAGA